UUGAUAGUUCUCUCUCUCUCUCCUCUUAUAUAUAUCGAGAUAACUUCAUUCUUCCCUUCAACUCAACCCCACCAAAACAAAAGAAAGAAAGAGAAAGCAACAAAACUCUUUUUUGACAGAAGUUUUAGCCAUGGCUUCUUCAUGUCCUAGUCCACUUGCAAGAUUGUCACUUGAGCGUAGACCCAAAUUGCUUAAAGAAUUUCUUCUUCAAGACGAUCCAUAUUCAUCUAAUGAUUUUGGGUCGUACCCUAAAAAAUUAUACAAGUCUACAAACACUCAUCAAAACCUUCCAAACUUUCAUGGUUCAAGAAUUAAUAUUAGGCCAAACAAAGGGGGUUCAUCUCUAUUACUUAGAAGUCGAUCAUCUAGAGCUGCCAUUGCUACAAUAUCCGCUAUUAACAAGGUCAUCAACAUUGUUAAGUUCUUACCUUUUGCCUCUGUCAAAUCUCCUUCCAUUUUCCCUAGAAGUAUUUCAAGAAAACUAUCAAGGAAAAAUAACUACAAGAAAAGUCAAAAACAUAAUGUUGACCAAGAUGUCUCGAUUAAGGUCAAAGUCAAAGACAUCUUACGAUGGAAAUCAUUUAGAGACAUGGUGGAAGAGAAAUCUACGCCGUUAGAUUCUUCUAAUUAUUCACCGUAUAGGUGCGGCGCUACAACCACUACUACCGCUAGCACCACCACGACCACUAGCAAGAGAACAAGUUGGUGUGAUAGCGAUUUUACCGCGGAGGAUUUACCGUCAUGGUGGGGUGAAAAUGGUGAAUUUUUGGGUAGAAAGAACAUACUUGAGGAAAGUACUGUCGGUGGGUAUUGCAUGGAAACCACAAAUUCAAUUAAUAAUAAGGAAGAGUUGUGCUUUGAUGAGAGUGAGCAACAUAGCCCAGUUUCAAUUCUUGAAUCUCCAUUUCAAGAAGAUGAUGAAGAAGGAAUUAUGGCCUUCUCUUUCCACAAAAGGAAAAGCAUGCUCAUGCAAAGAAUUCAAAAAUUUGAGAGUCUUGCUGAAGAAAACAUCAGCUCAAAAGGAGAAGAAGAACUAAAAGAAGAUGAAGAAAUUCAAGAAAUUGAAGAAAAGGCAAAGCAAUUGUUGAUCAAUUGUGAAGCAAACUAUAUGGAUGAUGAACAGCUUCUCUUUGAUUUCUUAUGGAAUGAAUUGAUUACAAGUAAAAAUCAUCAAAACAAUGUUGAUGAAAAGCUAAUGAGAGUGGCAAAAUCUUGGAUCAAUGGUGAUUACAAUGAGGAAUUUGAAUGGGAGAUUGAGGACAAAAGAGAAGCCUAUAUAAAAGACAUGGAAAGAGUAGCAAAUUGGAACAUGUUUGAAGAGGAAAAACAAGAGUUAACCUUGGAUUUGGAGUUUGAAGUGUUUAAUGAUUUGAUCCAUGAAAUCUUGGAAGAUGUUAUUUUCUCAUAAUUGUUAGAUCAUAUUUAUAAAAAUUAGAACAUAGAAUUUGGAAAGAAUUUCAUGUAUCGUAUUAUUAACAUGUGUAGAACAUGUUAUACAUACAAGUAAAUUGUAGACCGGUUAGAUAUUAAGAAAGUAUUAUUUUUUGCGACUUAUGUAUAGUACUAGUUGAUUUUUCAAAUUUCGCAGACAAAUUAUGUUUCCCUUUCAAUCAACGAAAGAGGAGGAAGUAUAAAAAUAGAGGUUUUGUUGUUGUUGUUGCUGCUGCUGCU